AGAAAAGAGAUAAUCUUUCGUCGAAUAGAGAGAAAUAUAUGUAUAUACAUACAUAGAGAGAGAAAGAGAGAGAGAGAGAGGAACAAUUUAGAAAUAAAGAAAGAAACGAGAAAUUUAUUAGUAUACGAAUGUAUUUGUAGUUAUCGGAUUUAAUUCACGUAUAGAGUCUACUCUCGCGACAGGUAUCAUUGCUCGUGCGUACAUAUGUGCGCGCGCGCGUUCUUUGCGAAAGCAAGCGAGAGAGAGAGAGAGAGAGAGAGAGGCAGGCGCAGCGAGCCUUAAGAGAAUCGACGCCAUUACGACAUGCGCGUCUUGCAAAGGAGACCGACGGCCUCGGCCGAGCGGUCAGUCGCACUCGCCGUUUCGCCGACGACGAAAAAGCCAAACGUCCGGCCGAAAAGGGACGCGUCAACGUGUGGAUGUCGAGAAAAAGAGAGAGAGAGAGAAAGGAAGAAAGAAGGAAGGAAAGAGAGAGAAAAGGAGAAAAACAAACUUUUCUUUUCUAUUAUACUUGUCGGUAUUCGCGUGUUUUGUUCGCCGUUGUGUGGCUAUUGAAGGAUUCGCGAGGGAAUAACGACGAGGACGUGCGUGCGAUUCGCGUCCGAUCCGCGUCCGUCGGUUAUAGGCCGCUCGAUGCGCGACACCCUUCUUCUGCGGUGGACGGCGACGGUAAAGGCGGCACGACGGGCGUAAGAUCGAUAAAAGAUGAAUUUCACGCCUUUUCCUGGCUUUACUACAGGCUCGUUGCCGACAGGCACGGUUCAUCAAUUCGCGACAGCCAAAUUCGCACAAAAUUUAACUACUGGUGGUCAGGUCGUCGGUGUUUUAUCAGGUGGAGAGGGUGGUGUUCAUUACUUGAGACCAGUUGAUCCUAACGGUUUUGCUGUGGCUCAAGGAGGCAAUAAUCAACAGCAGCAAAUAAUUACGCUGCCUAUAACCGUACCUGGAAAAGAUGGCACGCAACAACAACAAACUGUCCAGAUUCAAGUGGUUAAUCCCAGUGUUUCUCAAAGUGGAAACAGUGGGGACCAACCAAAAUAUCAUUUGGCGCCAAUUUCAUUGGGACAGUUUCCCCAAGGUGCAGCAACUGUUCUUACCGUCGCCUAUAGCCAACAGGGAACGGAUGGUGUUCAAAUUCAAGUUCAGCCACAAAAUACGGUUGCAACGACGCAAACGUCGGAUCAAACAACACAGAGUACUUCGGUUGCUGUAACUACCACAUCGCAACAGACGAUUCAGCAAACUGUACAACUUCCGGGAGCACCAGAGGGAUUAACCGUGGUUGCACAAAUACCACAAGAUUUGAUCUUAAGAGAAGGAAUGGAAGAGUCUAAGGAGGAUGUGAAAGAAGGCACAACUCCAGUUGCCCUUAUUAAAAGAGGAAGUGUGAAAAAUCAAGGAAAUCAAAGUAAUGAAGAGUUCAUUACUUCAAUGCCUGCGGGUUGGCAAAGUUUGGCAACCCCAGGUUCCACGGUUGCUGAUUAUCUUUCAAGGCUUCCCGCCAGUACUUUGCCACUUGGUUUACAACACUUCCUUAAAUUUUCAGCAGAAACAAUAAAGAGAGAAGCCACCAUAGAAUCGAGUCCUUUAGGCGCUGACGGUCUAGACGCUUCAGGAAGUAUGACAUCUGGGGAACAAGCUGUACAGAUUACAGUAGCUGGUGGUGAGACUAUUAUUCCCGACGUUGUUGAGGAACAAGAACCGGGAACAAAACCCAAAAGAAAAAAGAAAUACAAGAAAAAACCUCCAAAGCCAAAAAAACCGAAGCCUGGUCAAGUUAGUAUUGUUACUGCCUUAGACGGUACCACGCUAUUCUGCUGCCCUCAAUGUAAUAUGGCUUAUCCGGAGAAAGAACUUUUAGAACAACAUCUUAUCGGUCAUAAAAUAGAAAGGAGGUUUAUUUGCGAUAUUUGCGGUGCUGGUUUGAAACGUAAAGAGCAUUUAGAACGACACAAACUUGGUCAUAAUCCUGACAGACCAUUUAUCUGCUCCGUUUGUAUGAAAGGUUUCAAACGAAAAGAACAUCUUAAUCUUCAUUUUGUUAUACACUCUGGACAAAAGACCGAAGUUUGUACCGAAUGUGGAAAGGCGUUCUACAGAAAGGAUCAUUUAAGAAAACAUGCAAGAUCACAUCUUGCCAAACGUGCUAAAGAAGAUCCAUUAAAUACGACUGAUACUUCGCAAAAUCAACAACAAGUAGAACAGACACAACAACAAACAGAACAGUUACAGCAACAAUCUUCUGUACCGGAACUUCAACAAAUUCAAAUACAAGUAGGGCAAGGUUCACAAGCUCAGAUACAUCAAAUUUCUGUCAGCGAACAAUCUACUGUUGUGCUACCAACCGCUGCUGAAACGGGUGCAAUGGCGAUGUUACACCAUCAACAGCAGCAGCAGCAACAACAACAACAGCAGCAGCAGCAACAGCAGCAACAGCAGCAGCAACAACAACAGCAACAGCAACCUCAACAACAGCAACCUCAACAACAGCAACAGCAUUAGCAGCAGCAUACCGCCCCUAGUCAAGCCGGGCGGUACUACAGAUUUAAUCAUCAACAGGCCAGAGGUCGUGUAAGACAAGGCGUACUUGCCGAUUGAAUUCUAUUGAAAUCCUUUAAUUGAUAUCAUGCAAGAAAUUUUGUUGAUGAUGGUCAUUGUUGCCUAGUAGUGAUUACAUUAAAAAAAUAUCAGCUUGGACCUUUAACCGCGUUGUGGCUAGGCCGGAAUAAUUUAUAUUUACUAUCAUCUUUUAAAGCGCACCGAGCUGAAUAACGAACAAAGUUCGUAUAUACAGAGUUUCUUUUUUGCGUACACGUUGUAGCGUACGUGUAAAGAUACGAAUGAAUUUAUUCGUACGAUGUAAAAUGUUUUCGUCGCCAAUCCAGUUCCAUGACGCACGUUAGAUAUAAAUGAAGAAAUUUAUAUAUAAAUAUAUGAAUAUAUAUAUACACACUUAUAUAAAUAGAUAAAAAAAAUAUAUUUUUGAAAGCGCGAACUGGAUUCGCCGAAGGACACAAGGCAAUCGAGUUUGAAGCUGAGAUAUUAUUUCUCUUGAAUAAAUGAAGUAAUGAGAAGAAAUAAAAAAAUAAUAAAAAAAUAAAAAAAAAAAAAUAAAAAAAAAAUAAUAAAAAAUAAAAAAAAAAACAUUGUAAAUACAACAGUCUUUCAUCCCUAAACGGAGGAUUACUGUGACGUGCAAAUAUCAAGUGAGUCGUUUUAUUUAUUUUGCUUAUACUACACACGAUCCGAGGCAUAGUAGUAAAAGAGUGUUUUGAUAAAUCAUUCAAUUUCAAUUAGUAUUAUGUAGAGAAUAUUAUUAGAGUUGCAAAGCAUAAAGAAAAAUGUAGUCAUACAUUACAUCUAUAAACUAAUGACAAGGAUCAGUGUAUAUUUUUACAAUGACAGUGGUGUGCGAACCACCUAAUGUAUUAACGUCAUUCGUCACAUCAUAUGAAUCGAUAGAGAAGGUUAUGAGAUAAUUGCAUGUAGACAUUAUAUUCAAGCAGAAUAUUUUGCAGAAACAUACAUACAUCAUUUGCCAUUCUUAUAAAUAAUAUAUGUUAUUAUCUGACUAUUUAAAAGUUGAUCGCUGUACAUUUUAAUUCAUUUCUACAGUUUCUCCAAUGCAUUUAUAUUAUAGAAGUAUGUAUCGAAAAGACAACAUCUACAUUCCGCAAUUAUUUCAUAAUCCCAGAUUUAUCAUUAAUCUUUUUAUCAUAAUUGCUUUGCUUUUGUUAAAUGAAUCAUCUGUACAAUUUUUAUACGGAGAUUCUAGAGUACUUUUCUCUAUGUUGAUCGUAUCUAGAACCAGAACCUCCAGUACUGUUGUAACUUGUAUGGUGAAAGUACGAUGAGAUGUUGUUGAAAAAUAAUCAUUUAGAUUGAUCGGAGAUGAAUGACUCGGAAAGUUGUUGAGUAAGAGUGUAUGUAUAAUAAAAAAAAAUCUCUUUAUUGUAAGUAUAACAUUACAGGCAGUGGGUAUAGCUGUACAAGAAAUAUAAUUAUUAUUUUAUUAUUAUUAUUAUUAUAUCACAUAGCUAUUAUUAUCGUAGCCAAUAUUGAUAGUCUAUAAGUCAUUUUCAUUGUUACUUACAUAAAUAUUGGAGGAGAAAGCUGAAAUAAAACAUACAUUUAAUACAAAAGAA